ACACUCAUGAAAAUUAUCAAUUAUGCACAACUUAUUUCAGAUACUGCAUACAACUUAUCAUCGAAGAUAAUACUGCACAAAUGAGUUUGGUUGCAUUUGGUCGGCCUGCAGAAAAAUUGGUUUUUGCAUCGAUCAUAAAGUUAGCAACACUUCAAUCCAUCGACCGAAUGACACUACCUGGACCCUUUAAAGCCCUGAUCAAUCUGCAGAAAUUUUUCACUAUUGGUUUAACAAAUAGGGGGAUCAAAACUAGAUUUGGCAAUUAUAAGAUAUUUGAUUCUACUGACUUGAAGGACCAAGAAUGGCACACCGUAAUUGUUGCACCUACCUCAAAAUCAUCUACAUUUCCACCUUUGACCUUAGGAUCAUUAGCAUCCAGAGCCACAAUUGAAGAACCAGAGAAACAACUUUUGCCAACACCAAUCAAAACAGAAAUUAGUAGAGAGGUUUUUUUAGUGCCUACAUUUGAGAAACAACCUGUCCUGACCAAGGGGGAAGAAUCGCCAAGCAAAAAAUACAAAACCAGGGCAUUGCCCAAGGCUACACAACAAUCAAAGAAGACAACCGCUCAAGACUGUUGAACGCCACCUAAGUCACAAAAAAAACUCUAGGAUUUUGUUUUCAGUCAUGCCCGAGCCUGCAUGAUAUUUUUUGUUGUUACGCAAUGAUGCAUAUGAUGCUAUCUAAUGUUCAGUUUUUGUGUAAA